UUCAGAUGACUUUAUGCCAGCUUCUUUGGAUACUACAAAAAGGGCAACUGUAGAUAUUGGAGAAGGACACCAAGUAACAGUCACUGUUCCUCAUAUUGAGGGAUCUGGAACUGCCAAUACUGUAUUUAAAGGAUCUAAAAAGCCAUACCAAAAAGAAUGUGUUCUCAUUAUUGACCAUAAAAGUGGUGAGAUUACUCUAGAAAAAUUAAGUUAUAAUGUGCAGCUGAAAAAAACAAGGGCUGAAGGGAGCAGCAGGAUUAGAGCUAAUACCCCCAUUGAUGGGAAUUUUAAUAAUAAAAAAUCACCCCCAACUCAUAAGUUAUCUCCACAGCAGAAACUUCAUUCUACAUUUGGUCGAUCUUCUCCUAUUCAGAAAUGUUCUCCAUUGCCCAAAAGUCCACUCAGCAAUCAGCCAAGCCCCAACAGCAGCACAAUUCCUUCUAUGCCUUGCCUGAAUUUAGCAUCAUCAAAGCAAUCUGCUGUUCUGGAACCUCUAGGUGCUCAUGUUUCUAAUGAUGAAGUUGCUGAUGCUCCAGAAAUAGGAGUUUUGUCUUCCAGUAGUUCAAGUGAGUCUAGCAGCAGUGAAGAAUCCAGUGAUUCAAGUUCUAGUGACAAUGAAGAAAUGGCGGAAGUUCCAGCACAGCAACAACAAAAUAUUAUGAAUGGAUUUGGAGAUUCACCAAGUGCGAAGGAAGUACCUAAUAAUGCCCAAACCUCUAACCAUUUUAGCAUGCCAUCUGCAAAUUCCUUAUCCAGCAUGCCAAAGUUUAGUCAGCUGAGUGAGGACCUAAGAUUGAGUGAAUCUGAUAGUGACAGUGAUGGUUAAACAUUUGUUGGAGAAAGCAAAUGCUUGUAUACAUUUUUUAUAGUGGCAUUUAUUUCUCAGUUCCCUCAUCUAUGCAAGUGGGAAAAAUAUACUGUGAUAUGUUUAAUUAUUACAUAGAAUAGCUAAUUUUUUGACUUUUAUGUAAGAAAUAUCAUAGUUAAAUAAACUGUGGCUUUUGAUUAAU